GAAGACAAACUAUAAAACUACACUCGGUUAUAACACACCCAGCUUAAAAUGGAGUUCUUCUUUGGAGUACUUCAGACCUGUGGAUCGAAGCGCUCUGCUUCAUGGAUCAGCUUGACUCUUCUUUACUCAGUGCUGUGCAUGUGGACUAGUGUAGAAUGCUGGUCCUAUUACUACUCUAACGACACCAUGACUUGGUCACAAGCAAGAGACUGGUGCAGGGAGCACUACACAGACAUGGUGGUCAUCCAGAACCAGGAGGAGAUUGGGCAUCUCAACACGUGGCUGCCCAGGAAACGCUACUAUUACUGGAUUGGAAUCCGUAAAAUCAAUAAUGUCUGGACCUGGGUAGGCACCAACAAGGCUCUGACACCAGAAGCAACCAACUGGGCACAAGGAGAACCAAACAACGGCAAAAGAGGACAGAUAGGGAGUUCUAGUGAGGACUGUGUGGAGAUGUACAUUAAAAGAGAAAAGGAGAUGGGCAAAUGGAAUGAUGAGAAAUGUGAGAACACUAAGACCGCUCUGUGCUACACAGCUGCCUGUACGAAUGAUUCAUGCAUCCACGGAGAGUGUGUAGAAACCAUCAACAGCCACAAGUGUGAGUGCUUUGAAGGAAUUUACGGAGAGAGGUGCGAACAUGUUGUUAAAUGUGACAAAAACGAGGUGACCGUCCCAAAUAAAGGAAGUGUGAAUUGCACUCAUAAGUAUGGAAACUUCUCCUAUGACUCCCAGUGCAGCUAUUCUUGCGAGGAAGGAUACCAGCUGAGUAUGUCCAGACCCCUGAAGUGCACUGCCUCCAAAACCUGGUCUGAGCAGCCUCCUACAUGUAAAUUGGUUCAGUGUCCAAAGCUGUCCGAUCUAGAAAGUGGAUCCAUGAAUUGCUCUGAUCCUCUGGGCUCCCUCAGCUACCAGUCCACCUGUGUGUUUGCCUGUGCUGAAGGCUAUGCUCUUGUUGGUUCCUCAUCUAACACUCUGCAAUGUGAAGGGUCAGGACAGUGGAAUGACUCGCUCCCGCUUUGUGUUCCUGUCCGGUGCCCUGCUCUCCAGGACCCAGAGAAUGGCCAUAUCAGCUGCUCAGACAACACAGAUAUGAGGUACACCUAUGGGUUCACCUGCAGCUUCAGCUGUGUGCCUGGCUAUAAACUGGUGGGACCGAGCAAACUGACCUGCACAUCAGCAGCUGAGUGGAAUGAGGGAAUGCCUCACUGUGAAGCUGCCUGUACGGAUGAUUCAUGCAUCCAUGGAGAGUGUGUAGAAACCAUCAACAGCCACAAGUGUGAGUGCUUUGAAGGAUUUUACGGAGAGAGGUGCGAACAUGUUGUUAAAUGUGAUGAAAACGAGGUGACCGUCCCAAAUAAAGGAAGUGUGAAUUGCACUGAUAAGUAUGGAAACUUCUCCUAUGACUCCCAGUGCAGCUAUUCUUGCGAGGAAGGAUACCAGCUGAGUAUGUCGAGACCCCUGAAGUGCACUGCCUCCAAAACCUGGUCCGAGCAGCCUCCUACAUGUAAAUUGGUUCAGUGUCCAAAGCUGUCCGAUCUAGAAAGUGGAUCCAUGAAUUGCUCUGAUCCUCUGGGCCCCCUCAGCUACCAGUCCACCUGUGUGUUUACCUGUGCUGAAGGCUAUGCGCUUGUUGGUUCCUCAUCUAACACUCUGCAAUGUGAAGGGUCAGGACAGUGGAAUGACUCGCUCCCGCUUUGUGUUCCUGUCCGGUGCCCUGCUCUCCAGGACCCAGAGAAUGGCCAUAUCAGCUGCUCAGACAACACAGAUAUGAGGUACACCUAUGGGUUCACCUGCAGCUUCAGCUGUGUGCCUGGCUAUAAACUGGUGGGACCGAGCAAACUGACCUGCACGUCAGCAGCUGAGUGGAAUGAGGGAAUGCCUCGCUGUGAAGCUGCCUGUACGGAUGAUUCAUGCAUCCAUGGAGAGUGUGUAGAAACCAUCAACAGCCACAAGUGUGAGUGCUUUGAAGGAUUUUACGGAGAGAGGUGCGAACAUGUUGUUAAAUGUGACAAAAACGAGGUGACCGUCCCAAAUAAAGGAAGUGUGAAUUGCACUGAUAAGUAUGGAAACUUCUCCUAUGACUCCCAGUGCAGCUAUUCUUGCGAGGAAGGAUACCAGCUGAGUAUGUCGAGACCCCUGAAGUGCACUGCCUCCAAAACCUGGUCCGAGCAGCCUCCUACAUGUAAAUUGGUUCAGUGUCCAAAGCUGUCCGAUCUAGAAAGUGGAUCCAUGAAUUGCUCUGAUCCUCUGGGCCCCCUCAGCUACCAGUCCACCUGUGUGUUUACCUGUGCUGAAGGCUAUGCGCUUGUUGGUUCCUCAUCUAACACUCUGCAAUGUGAAGGGUCAGGACAGUGGAAUGACUCGCUCCCGCUUUGUGUUCCUGUCCGGUGCCCUGCUCUCCAGGAUCCAGAGAAUGGCCAUAUCAGCUGCUCAGACAACACAGAUAUGAGUCUUCUUUUCUCAGCUGCCUGUAUGGAUGAUUCAUGCAUCCACGGAGAGUGUGUAGAAACCAUCAACAGCCACAAGUGUGAGUGCUCUGAAGGAUUUUACGGAGAGAGGUGCGAACAUGUUGUUAAAUGUGAUGAAAACGAGGUGACCGUCCCAAAUAAAGGAAGUGUGAAUUGCACUCAUAAGUAUGGAAACUUCUCCUAUGACUCCCAGUGCAGCUAUUCUUGCGAGGAAGGAUACCAGCUGAGUAUGUCAAGACCCCUGAAGUGCACUGCCUCCAAAACCUGGUCCGAGCAGCCUCCUACAUGUAAAUUGGUUCAGUGUCCAAAGCUGUCCGAUCUAGAAAGUGGAUCCAUGAAUUGCUCUGAUCCUCUGGGCCCCCUCAGCUACCAGUCCACCUGUGUGUUUACCUGUGCUGAAGGCUAUGCUCUUGUUGGUUCCUCAUCUAACACUCUGCAAUGUGAAGGGUCAGGGCAGUGGAAUGACUCGCUCCCGCUUUGUGUUCCUGUCCGGUGCCCUGCUCUCCAGGAUCCAGAGAAUGGCCAUAUCAGCUGCUCAGACAACACAGAUAUGAGGUACACCUAUGGGUUCACCUGCAGCUUCAGCUGUGUGCCUGGCUAUAAACUGGUGGGACCGAGCAAACUGACCUGCACAUCAGCAGCUGAGUGGAAUGAGGGAAUGCCUCGCUGUGAAGCUGCCUGUACGGAUGAUUCAUGCAUCCACGGAGAGUGUGUAGAAACCAUCAACAGCCACAAGUGUGAGUGCUUUGAAGGAUUUUACGGAGAGAGGUGCGAACAUGCUGUCCAGUGCCCUGCUCUCCAGGAUCCAGAGAAUGGCCAUAUCAGCUGCUCAGACAACACAGAUAUGAGGUACACCUAUGGGUUCACCUGCAGCUUCAGCUGUGUGUCUGGCUAUAAACUGGUGGGACCAAGCAAACUGACCUGCACGUCAGCAGCUGAGUGGAAUGAGGGAAUGCCUCGCUGUGAAGGAGAGUGUACUUCAAGUGUAAUUCCAUUACAUUCUUUACUGAUGGUACUACUGAUGGUUAACAUCAAAAUGUUGCUGUUUUUUCCUACAGCCAUAAGAUGCCCCCUGCUUGAGUCUCCUGAAAACGGUCAUGUCAACUGCUCAACCAGUGAGCCAGUAUAUAACUCUCAGUGCUCCUUCACAUGCAAUCAAGAUUUCUCAUUGGACGGACAUGAGCUGCUGACAUGUGAUCGUCAUGGCAACUGGACAGGAGACAUACCGAACUGCCAAGCUCCUGCAUCUCAGACUCCUGCCAUUGCCUCUGGUCUGGCAGCAGGGGGAGGGGUUCUGACAGCUCUGUCUGCGGCUUUGUGGAUCCUGAAACGACUGAAACAGAAAGCAACCAAGUUUGAGUUGAACAGCAACUCCGACAUAGAGGACCCUCCACAGGUUUACAAAAACAGCAUUGACAGUCUCAUAUAGAGCACAUUCAUAUCCUCCAGCGGGCGACAAAGGAAUUGACAAAAAUCAUUUAAACAAAACUGUAUGUGAGUCAUAGUAAUUUUAACAACAUCUAUUAUUUACAUUAGAGACUUAAAUGUUUAAAUGGAAAAAGCCAAUGUGUCAGAGUUAUCAAUUGUGAGAUGUUUUUUCAGACCUUUGCAUUUGAUGGUUUGAUUCAAGAUUUCAAGACCAAUCUAUGAUUUGCUUUGUAAUGUUGGUAUUUCCUCCCAAGGGGAGUCUUGUAUUGAACACAUUGUUCUACAUCUUUAUGAACAUGCUGGAAAGGUGGCUCUGUUCAUGUUAUUGUAAAUGUUACAUAACAUUGUGCACUGCCAUGUCAAUGUUAAACUGUGAAUAAUUUUGAGAUAUUAAUACCAGUAUUUAUGUACUAUUUAUUUAAUAAGUGGUUAUUGCAUUUGAAAUGUUUAAUCCUCUCUCUGUAACAAAACUUCAAACCAUUAUUUGCUUUUGUUGAAAUUCAUUGUUAUGCAUCUGCCUGUAUCAUAACUAAUAUUAUCUGUCUGUUCAAAAAUAUAUUACAUGUAUAUGUAUUA